AUGCUACGGCAACCUACGAAAAGCAAUCGAAACGGACGCCGUUUCUGGAAAGUCGAAUUUGUUCUCUACCCGGACGGAAAUGGUGCUGCGGAAACGUACGACGCGGAUCCUAACCUUUUCUCUGAAGAAGUGUUACGGAAGAUCGGAGCCGCGCUGCAGGGGCCUCCAACGACGCUCUCGCAGCUGAUAACUCAGUGCAUGCCUAGCGACGAAGACACUAACCACAUUGCCACCUAUUCUGCCGAAAAUCUUGAAGACAUCGCCGAAGGCAGGACAACAUGCUCUUUGUUUGCAGGGCUUGCGCCUCACGGCUGCCACUGCCAGGUCACGGCAUGGUCUGAGUGGACUGCAUGCGACAAACAGUGCUCGCAGAGGACCGCGAGGAGAUCUCGUUCGAUCCAGCAUGCAGAAGCAUUCAUAGAUCCCGCCGUCGACUGCCCGCCCCUAACAGAAGAGCGUCCCUGCGCUGGAAGCACAAAGAUCUUCCAGGUGAACCUUCCAGCGGGCGUUUCGCUGGGAACGGAGGCUCAGCGAGCAGCGCAGUUUGAGUACUGCGCCCCCGACCUUCUAGCGACGCUUGCCAAAGUAAGUCAAGAAGCCUGGCAAGAGAAAGAAGGAGAGGAAGAAGAGAUGAAGACAGACGGAAAACGGGGACGAAACGGAGGAAACUAGAGACGGGAAGAACAGAAAGGAAGGCCCGUAAAGAAUGCGAGAGGAAGAAAAGAAGCAGAGGGAGAAAGGGGAGAUGUACUUCAACGAAGCGCGGAAGCGUACAAGUGCACAAGGCGAAACAGAGGAAACCUGGAAGCGCGCGAAAGCAGACGCGAAAAGACUUUUGGGGGAAAAGACACCCACCCUUAGUUCCCACAAGCGAAAAGACGUGAGAUCAACGCCUUCCCGUGAGGAGUAUCGAGGGAAAAGAUAAAUUCACAACGAAGACACCAAAAUCCAGAACAAGCAAAACUCACUCGUCUGGGCAUCUCGGAGUGGCGAUGGAGUAUCGCUUUGGCGAGCAAAUCUCCCCUCUUACACCUCACGACCGAAACGGUUCUCUGCUCAUACACAUCCAACGGUGCUCGUGGCGACAGCUUCCCAGCGAAUUCGACUACCGAUAAGACCUCGAAAUCCAGCAGUUUUAGCCGUCUUAGCCGCAAGUGGAUCGAUUUUCCUUGAGUUGAAGACACAGUGUUCUGCUGCUUAGCACCGUGGAAGCGGCCUCGAGGUUCCUGGCUGAACCUCCAUUUCGUUUGCUUCUGGGAGCAGACUCUUCAGCUGUCGCGGGAGGCUCUCGCGCAGACGGACGGGUGGCACGAAGCUCUGAAACAGUGGAAAUUCAGCAUCACGAUCGACCCCGGAGUGACGAGCGUGGAGAAUGCUCACCAAGAGCUCGAGAGAACAUUGGGGUCCGCGACUUCCGCUCUGUACAAGGCCCUGAUGCAGUGCUUCAACCUGCAGGAUGCCCCCCCGGGGUCUCUGCCCACGGUAUCUCUCGUUUCAUCGCCAG